AUGGCCAUGAUGAUGAGCACGAUGGUUGCACUUAAUUUCACAUCUGAUGUGGAAAAAAAUAUGGCUCAUGAUCAUGCACAGGUUGUUCAUAUAACACUCUUUGUCGCUGUUCUUUGCCUAUGUUUACUCAUUGGUCACUUGCUUGAAGAAAUUCGAUGGGUUAAUGAAUCGAUUGUCGCCAUUUUUUGUUGUAAGAUCCAUACUCAUUAUGAAAUCUAG